AUGGCUUCUAGCAAUGCUGAAAAAGCAACGCCUGCACUUCGCUUUGCGGAUUUCGGUCAGUUGCCAAAACGAAUGCUUGCACCAAUCGAAGGCUAUGAGAAUAUGCCAAUUGUAUCGCUCGAAGAAGCUGUGAAACCUCUCGUUGACAUUGUACCUAAAGUAGAACGUAACGUAUUCAUAGUCAAGCAGAACUGUAAUGAACCCGAAGAUGGUCUAUCAACUGAUGAAUCUGCUUCUAUCAUGCUUUAUACUUACGAAUCAAUGCCACAUGAACAUUCUCUGUAUGUUAUUCUCAACGCAACUUUACGAUCCGAACAACGACAAAAACUAACUCCUUGGUUUCUGUAUUUGCGACUCGCGUUGACAGCACUGUCUCGUCUUCCAUCCAAACAUUGUUUUGUCAAUCGGGGAGUUAGAGAAGAUCUACGAGCACAAUAUCCGAUAGGUAAAACUUUCAUUUGGUGGGGAUUCUCGUCGUGCACAUCAUCUAUCGGAGUGCUUGAAAAUGAACAGUUUUUUGGAAAAUCUGGCACCAGAACUCUAUUUCAAAUCGAAUGCCAUACGGGUAAAGAUAUUAAAACCCAUUCAUUCAUACAGCGAGAAGAUGAAAUUCUUCUACUACCUGCCAGACAAUUCAUUGUUCAAUCAUGUCUUGACUCUGGCAAUGGACUUCAUAUUAUACAACUCAAAGAAACAGAUCCAUUGUAUCCUCUUAUUGAAAUACCAAAGCCUCCAAGUAAGGACUAA